UCGUUUUUUCCCCUCUCUCACCCACACUAUGGCCACCGUUGGUGCAUUUGCUGUUGGGGGUGGGACUAUAUAAGAUAUAUUUGGAUUGGAAUAAAUAGACAAUAAGGUCAUUGCAUACAGUUACAUACAAACAUACAAAGAGUGGAUAAAUCUUUUAUUACAUUUACAUAUUAUUUCCCCUUAUGUUCAAAACAAAGAGUUUUACUGAGCCAUUUAGACAUAGUUUUAAAAGUAUAACUCUGCUGCAGAGAGAGAGAGAGAGAGAGAGAGAGUGAGGGAGAGAGAGAGAGAGGGAGAGAGAGAGAGAGAUUGGUUAGACACUUUCCACACCCAGCGAGGGAGCUCAUCAGAGGGGAAAAAAGCGAUAUUAGACCCCAGGAGGUAGAGAGGGAAUGGACUCUGACAAAUGGCCACUAUAUCUCUUUAGAUAAGGACAGUAAUGAGGAAACGGAAAAGUUAAGCAAACCCUGUGACAACUCCUGGAGUGGGACUUAAGGAAUUCCAAGUUUACGUGGCUCUGACUGUGCAAGACGUGAUGUGGACUUUGUUUACAGAGCUUCUUUUCAGCUUUGUGGUGCUGGCUUUUCUGGUGCUCAGCUGCCAAAGUGUGUUGCACAUUGCCAGUGGCACGGUGAGAUCAGUGCUCACUUACAUUCAUGCACAGCUCGACCGGGAGCUUGGUGAGGAUGAGAGCAUGCCAGACCAAGAGGAGAAUGUCACCACUCGAGUGGUGCGCCGCAGAGUUAUUCUGAAGGGUGAUGAAGCUGUGGAUCUUCCUGGAGAGCAAGUGAGUGAGGAGCAGUUUACAGAUGAGCAUGGCAACAUCGUCACCAAAAAGGUCGUGAGGAAGGUGGUUCGGAGAGGAAAAGGUGAGGGUGAGGGUCAGGAGUUCAUUAUAGAUGGGCAACAGGAAGCUGAUGAGUUGGAUGCUGAUGCAGAGCAGUUCAUGGGCUACGCCAUCCUUGGCCGUGAAAGCAAGCCGGAUGUUGUGGAUGUGAAGAAGGGAGGGGCUCAGAUAGUGAAAUGUGCCACUUUGCGGAGAGUAAAGCAGUGAGCGGCACUUGUUCAGCCGUCCAGGACUUGUCCCCUGCGCCCAAACCUUCUCUCAUAGACACAUGAUGAGCAUCAAGAACUGAAAGAAAGUGGAAAACCAGGCAAAGGACAUCAGUAACUAAAGAUGGCUUUUAGGUUUCUUUUUUAAAGAAACCUACAGUAAGAACUAGGCUAAAAGCAUGAUUUCAUAUAAAAGUGAAAAAUGAAACCUAGGAGAAAAAACUUCCAAAAAAAAAAAAAAAAAGCAUCCAAAAA